AAACAAAAAAACAAUGAAAGUGACCACUUCUUUAUUAUACAUAAAAGCAGAAAGCUUUAUCUCCAUUAACUCAGUUUGAGUGAAACAUGAACCCAAUUUUCUGGUAAUUGUUGAUGUGGCAUAAUUGCUGAAUGGCCCUUGCCCUUGAUGCCCUCUUUCACUUUGUAUUCAUAUAUAUUGGUAUAUAAGUGAGUGAACAAGAAAGCUCCUAUCUUUCUUCUUAAAAAUUGCAAAUUUGUUUAUUGGGAGUCAAUUAGCUUCUCAACAAGAAUGCCAUUAUCUUCUUGCCUUUGUUGCUAUCAGAUCUCUUCACUCAAGACCGAACAUUCAAGCUUGACUAGGAAGGGCUUCUAUAAUAUCAGCAAGAUUCAGCUAAACCCAGUUGCUAUUGAAGGCACAAACAGUGACCUUUAUGGCCAACAUGUGGUGCUUUGGACAAAGAUGAGAAAAGAAUGGAGUUUUAAGAGAGGAUCAAUAUCUAUUGCUGGUCCGACUAUGGAAAGAUUUGUGCUUCACAGAAAAAGCUCUGGAGUGCAGGCUUCAUGGUUUACAAAUUCUCAAAUUGCAAGUAGUGUUUUUACGUUGGCAACCGCCGCUGUUCUUCCAUUUUACACCCUCAUGGUUCUGGCUCCAAAAGCUACUCUGACUAAGAAGUGUAUUCAAAGUGCAGUUCCAUAUGUUGGUCUUGGACUUUUAUAUGCAUACCUACUCUACCUCUCUUGGACACCUGAUACAUUUCGGUUGAUGUUUGCAAGUCAAUACUGGCUGCCUGAGUUAUCUGGUAUAGCUAAGAUGUUUUCCAGUGAGUUGACAUUAGCUUCGGCAUGGAUUCAUUUGUUGGCUGUGGAUCUCUUUGCAGCAAGGUUCGCAAAUAUUUCAAGAUGGACUGCAGAAUUCUGUUGAAACAAGGCAUUCUGUUUCCUUCUGUCUACUCUUUUGCCCGAUAGGAAUCUUAUCGCAUGAAAUUACCAAAGCUCUAACCACAGGUGGAAGAACUGCCAAACGCGAGAUCCAUUAAUGCAAAAAUGAUCAGCUGACAGAGUAUCCAUUUUCCUAUGACAAAGAUAGUAGAGGCUUUUCUUGCUAUUAGUGAUUUGUUUUCGAGGAAUAAUGUGCAGUAAAUUUGAAGUUCAAUGCUUCUUUGUUACAGCAUCAAUGAGAUCAAAAUAUGGACUGACAUACAACACUUCUUUCCUCUGAGUCCAAGCAACUCAUUUCUGAUUUCA